AUGUCUUCGUCGCCCGCCCCGCUGGCGCUGCCCGGGAUGGAGUGGCCGGGCCUUUUGGACGCUGAGCGGCAGCUUGUGCAGCAGCUGCUGGAUGGCGUGAAGGCAGGCACCGUGCGUGCCCCGCAGGCUUGGCAGCAGUUGGUGCGCGACGUCCUGCGCCCUGAGCAGCCCUUCCAGCUGCACCAGGCGCUCCACGCGGCGGUGUUUGCGGGCUGGGACGAGCGCGUGCUGGGGCCUGCGCCGAUCUGGGUGCCCACCGCGGCCGAUGUGGCUGGCACCAAUGUACAGGCCUUCAUGGAUCGCUUUGAGGGCGAUUUUGCGUGGAGGGCGCAGCGCACGGGGCAGCCCGCGGCGGACUGGCGGCUGCUGCAGCGCGUCUCGUGCGCAAACCCGGAGGGUUUCUGGUCGGCGGUCCUGCGGGAGCUCGGCGUCAGGUUUGCAGCGCCGCCGACGCGCAUCCUGCGGGAGGCGGCGCCUGACGACCCUGACGGCUGCGUCUGGCUCCCCGGCGCUCGGCUGAACAUAGCGGAGGCGGCGCUGUCGUGCCCGCGCGCGCCGCCGGAGGCGCCGGCGAUCCUGUGGGCGGCAGAGGGGCGGCCGCGGGACGUGCAGGCGGUGGGGCGCGAGGAGCUGCAGCGCCGGUGCUACCACGUCGCGUCGUGCGUCGCGGCGCGCUUCAGGCCAGGCACCGCCAUUGCCAUCAACAUGCCCAUGACCGUCGAGGCGGUGGUGGCGUAUCUGGGGAUUGUGCUGGCCGGCUGCAGCGUGGUGUCUAUUGCUGACAGCUUCGCGGCGUCCGAGAUCGCGGCCCGCCUGCGCAUAUCUCGCGCGCAGGCCGUCUUCACUCAGGCACGCUCUGAGAUACUAGGGGUCUACUUUAAAAUGCCUGGGAUGUUGCCUGCAGUUGGGGGCAUGGCAUCACGGGACGUCGUCCUACGCGGCGGCAAGGCCCUGCCUCUGUACGCGCGUGUCCAGGACGCUGCUGCGCCCCUCGCCGUUGUGCUGCCGGCCGACGGCGCACAGGCGCCCCUGCGGCUGCCACUGCGCGGCGGCGAUGUGACAUGGGAGGCGUUCCUCGCCGGGCCGGGCGGUGCGCCGCGCGAGCUGGUGGCGUUCAGCCCGCACGUGGCGAACGCGCACGAGGCCACGAAUAUCCUGUUCUCUUCGGGCACCACGGGCGAGCCCAAGGCCAUCCCCUGGAGCCACGUGACGCCCUUGCGAUGCGCCGCCGACGGCUGGGCCCACCAGGACGUCCGGCCGGGGUCUGUCGUGGCGUGGCCCACCAACCUGGGCUGGAUGAUGGGGCCCUGGCUGGUGUAUGCGGCGCUGCUCAACGGCGGCACCAUAGCGCUCUACCAGGGCGCCCCCUUGGGCCGCGAUUUCGUCGAGUUUGUGGAGAGCGCCGGGGUGGAGGUGCUGGGCCUGGUGCCGUCCAUUGUCAAGGCCUGGCGCGCGGUCGGCUGCCUGGCGAACGCGGGCUGGCGGCGGCUGCGGUGCUUCAGCAGCACGGGGGAGGCGUCGGCGCCCGAGGACUACCACUGGCUCUCGAGCCGCGUGCUGGGCUACCGCCCCGUCAUCGAGUACUGCGGCGGCACCGAAAUCGGCGGCGGCUACCUGACCGGCACCCUGCUGCAGCCCCAGGCGCCGUCCGCGUUUAGCACGCCCACCCUGGGGGCCAGCCUUGUGCUGCUCGGGCCCGAGGGCGGGCAGAGCCCGCACGAAGGCGGCACCCCCUGCAUCGGGGAGCUGGCCCUGGUGCCCCCCAUGCUGGGCACCUCGCAGCGCCUGCUCAACCGCGACCAUUUCAAGACGUACUAUGCCGGCAUGGCCAGCUGCGCCGCCACCGGCCGCCGCCUGCGGCGCCACGGCGACGAGGUGGCGCGGCUGGCCGGGGGCUACUACCGCGCGCUCGGCCGCUGCGACGACACCAUGAACCUCGGAGGCAUCAAGGUGUCGUCGGUCGAGCUCGAGCGCGUGGUCCUGGAGCGGCUCGGGGAGCAGCUCCUCGACGCCGCCGCGGUCGGCGUGCCGACCCCUGGGGGCGGGCCCGAGCUCCUGCACCUGUUUGUGGUCCCGAGGGAGGCGGGCCGCGACGCGGCGCUGCUUGCGGCCUGCCAGGCGGCGAUACGGGUGCACCUGAACCCGCUUUUCAAGGUGGAGCGGCUGGUGGUGGUGGCCGCGCUGCCGCGGACGGCGUCCAACAAGGUGAUGCGGCGCGUGCUGCGGGACCAGCUUGCGGUGGCGCCGAGGUCGAAGAUGUGA